AUGACCUGCGUUCCUCCGCUUCGAGGCUCCCUCGGCCUGCUGCGCCAUCAGGCCGCUGCACUUGUCGGUCCCAGCAGUGCUUCCCGCACUUUUGUGACUACGGCUGUCGCAUCUGCAGCAGCCAAGAAGGCAGCACCAGUCAAGAAGAAGGCAGUCGUCAAGAAGAAAUCAGCACACUCGGGACCACGAUCCACUGGCGGUCGUCGCAAAGGUGGUGCCGACUCGUCUGCUGGUCUCUCCAAGACAUCCGAAUUCCACGUCGACGCACCCGACAUGUCGCACCUCCCGCUCCUCCACGCCGAAGCUCUUACUGCCACCUCCGCCGGGCAGACAUUUGCGUUCAGUGACCAGACGCUUUCCGCAUUCAAAGCCUUUGGGCUGCCACAGGAGCUCGAACGAGAACUCGCAACGCAACCCAAACCUCGCUCCUUGGUUCGCAAACAGACGCUGGAUCUGUUGGAUAAGCUCGAUGCCGCAUCCAAGGCCAAGAAGGGCACAAGCAUUGUAUUGGACGGAAGCAGGGGCAGCGGCAAAUCGAUGCUACUAGCACAGUCGAUUGCAUACGCUUUGGAUGAUGGUUGGGUGGUCAUCUCGGUACCGAGGGCCAUCAAUCUGAUCAACUCGUCGACAUUAUACACUUACAGCGCUCAACACAAGGCCUACCUCCAACCCGAGGCCACCACCCAGCUGCUGGACGCUGUACUCAAAGUCAAUGGCGCCGCAUUGAAACAAAUCAAGACCAAAGAGGCUGUCGAGCUGGACGGAAGCAAGGUGGACGCAGGAACACCCCUUGAAACGCUCCUCAAGCGCGGCGUCGACGAGUCGAGUUCGGCCGCAACUAAGCAGACGGUACUGGAAGCAAUGUUCAAGACGCUCUCGAGUCAAACGGAGCGUCCUCUCCUCGUAGCGGUUGACGAUGCACAAGCUCUCUUCCGUACAUCACUUUACAAAGAUCCCGACUUCAUCAACCUCGAGUCGUUCGAGCUUGGUCUUCCCCGCGCCUUGCUCUCCCUCCUCACUUCAUCCUCUUCCGCCAUUAGCCGAGGAGCUUUCAUCGGAGCACUUUCCACGACACACACCGAGUUCCUCCCUCCGCCCGAACUGCAAAUCGCUCUUUCCGAAAAGUCUUCUUCCGACGGAACGGCAAAGUUGAUGACGCAGGCCAUCAACGCAUACACCAAGCUCAACCCACAACAUCUCGAACACGCCCGCACUGUGGCAAAGAGGGCCGAUGUGGUAGACACCUCCAACCCACUCAGCAAGGAUGAAGCUGCUGCGAUCUUUGCUCAGCUUAAGGACGAGAGGAGACACUGGACCGCCGUGAACGACGAAUUGUUCCUGGAGAAGCUGGUCGAGUCGAACGGCAAUGCUAGGUUGUUUAGCAAGAGCCUUGUUUCGACGCUUUUGUAA